AUGGCAGGCUUCUUCACAUGGUUCUGGGACUGGCUGCUGUGGAUGUUCUGGGCCACCGAGAUGGACGUGGCCAUAGUCGGUCUCCAGAAUGCCGGCAAGACAAGUCUGGUGCGAGUACUAGCAGGGAACGAAUUCGUGGUUGACUCGCUUCCCACCGUCGCUUUCAAUAAGAAAGAAGUGAAAAAGGGCCACGUCUCGAUCAAAUGUUGGGAUCUUGGAGGUCAACCGCGAUUCCGAUCCAUGUGGGAGAGGUACUGUCGCGGAGUCACUGCGAUUAUCUUUGUGGUCGACGCCGCCGACAGAGACGCCAUCCCCGUUGCGAAAGAAGAGCUGCACGCCCUCCUCGACAAGCCCACUCUACAGGGUAUUCCUCUCCUCGUGCUGGGUAACAAGUCAGAUCUGCCCGACAAGUUGUCGGUAGACGAAGUCAUCGACCAACUUGACCUAAAGAGGGUUGUGCACCGAGAGAUCAGUUGCUAUGGGGUCAGUGCCAAAGAAGAGACCAACUUGGAGGCCGUUCUACAGUGGCUUGUAGCACGGUCAGGGAAAUGA